AUGGACAAAACUACUCACAAAGACCCCAAAUCUAAACUUAGAUUCAGGAUAAGUUCCAAGAUUUCAAAAAGUGAUAUCAAACAAUUAGCUUAUAUUCAUGUCGAAGCCCUGCGAGAUGACGAUUCCGCUACAGUGAAAUUCGCAGAUAAAGACGAAUUCCGCUGCAAGAUCCAAGAGAUGCUGGAAGGACAAUUGAUUGCCACCGGAAUGUCUGUGAGGCCAGAGUUUACCACGUCCUGCGUGGAUCAGUGGUUCAUCAUCAAGGCAAGUCUGAUAGACUCCAGUGAAUACAAUGAAUCCGAAAAGAUCAUAGGCUGGGCGAGCUGGCUCCACGAAGGUUCAGAAUCUGGUACAGUAUCUGCAACUCGAAUGCUAGUCAGUGAUCAAGGGAAUUCCAAGGAGAAUAAUCAGAAGCUGUUACAAUUUAACCAUGGGCUUGGUGCUUUCGUCCGUCGGCACCAGACUCGCAUCUACGCAGAGUGGUGCAGCAAGCGAUCGGAGGAAGCAAGUGAAUACCUGUCUUUACGAGCUUGUUUCAUUCUUCCAGAAUUUCAACGUUGUGGCGUGGGAGGAGCGCUGGUUAGAUAUGGUUGCGAGCGUGCCGACCUCCUCGGGCUUGACACAUUGGUGACCUCCACUCAGGUGGCGAAAUCGCUUUAUGAAUCGGUUGGUAAAUUUGAGGUAUUUGAGCAACUGGAAGUCAACUUGAAUGAUUUUGACGAUAAAACCAAGCGACACGAUUCCCAGGGUCAGGAGAGUGCCAGAAACUAUCGAUUCUGGUUUUUGGCAAGAAUACAUGGAGGAUGGAAACAUACGGCCCACAAAGAUUGA